AUGGUUAACCGUUACGGUAAUCAUUCUUUAAUGCAGGUGAAAGAAAUUAAGUUUAAAACUUUCAAGAACGUUUGCGCUCGCCAUGUUGCUGCUGACAUUGAAAGGUCAAGGUCAUAUCAUCUCAUUGACGAGAAACAAUCUGAAGUUGACAAGUCAGAUGUGAUCGAUGGCAACAGAUACGGCAGCACGAUCGUACCAUUCUCAUUCGAUGAUCAGGAGGCCAUGAAGCUGCGGACUGAAAAGUGCUUCAAAGUGCUCGGCUUCACUAAAUACGAUAAUGUAAAAAGGUAUCAGUAUUUUGGCGAUUCAAUGUCCGUUUGUUUGAGUGAAAAAGGAAAUGAGGCAGGGCAUCUCUAUUUAUCGGCAUUGAUCAGAGCUCUCUUUGAAACAAGCAUGGUGGCUAUUGUGCGAAGAGUUUAUAAUAACAAUGGACAAGUGAAGAUCGGCUGCCUCAUUCCUCACAUCAAGGACAAAUAUGAAUGCAUGUUUUACGUUGAUUUACCAUUUGCCGAAGAUUUGAGACAGUACACAUUCGCGAGUCUUCCAGUUGGACCUAAUGUGCAGGCAAACAAGAUGUUUCAGUGUACAGGUGAGUUUGCCGAUGUUUCUUUAACGCUGUUUGCUAUCAUUAUACGGGAGGUCGUUGGAACUAUGACAUUUAUGUUGUUGGAUAGAUAA